AUGAGUGGCGAGCGGCCGACAGUAGAAUGGGGUGGAGCUUCAGAAAGAAACGACAAAGCGGAGGCCACCGUAGGGCAUCGACGAUUCCAACUAGCAGAGAAGUAUCAUGGAGGAGGAGAUGAGUGUUCAGGGAACCAUUCCAAGCAGAGAUUGUUGAGAGCGCCCGGUCGUAGAAUGGGGCGGAGUCUCAGUAAGAAACGGCGAACCGGUGGCCAUCAUGCACACCACUACUGGCAGAGAGAUGAAUCUAUAAGUAUGUUGAUCAGAGUUGAAAUUGGUAUGCAGACGACCUGCAAAGAUGAUGGUGUUUGGAAUGUGAAAUUGGAUACUCUAUUAUAG